UCCGCUGCUUCUGCAGAGCUACUCUGCAGAAGGAAGCCAACUCCUCUGUAUUUUAUGAGUUGCCGCAUAUCUUAUAAAGGAUUUUCCAAGUUUCCAAUAAAAACCGGACCCAUCCAUGAACCAUGCUGAAUAUUCUGUGGCACAAAGUCAGCAACAGAGCUUUUAUCUGAAAGCACUUGACAGGUGUUCAGCUACCUGUGAUCCAAGGCACAGCUGCAUAACCAUCUCUUAGACGUCUGAGGAAACUGCAGAUAGAGCUGCAAAAAAAGAUAACAGGGUGGAAUUCUUCAAGAUAAGAAAGACAAAAUCACAGAUAAAGUAGGUGCUCGAGAAUGGAUUUGUCCUUAAGCGUUACUGUUACCUGGAACAUUCAGCACUGUCUCUGAAAAGAGAACUAGAAGCAAACUGAGAACAACCUGCACGAGAACUACCCUAAAUAAAUUUAAAAUGCAUUCUGAAGAUGAAAGGAAGCAGAAGAGUACUGAAGAUGGAAAUAGUCAUGAGAACACUACAUCCAGCCAGGGUCAAGAACAAGAAGGCAAACAGAAGGGAAAGAAGAAGAAAGAGGAAAAGCCUAAAAUGGUCAGCCCAUUUACACUGUUUCGAUACUCCAGUUGCACAGAUAAAUUGCUAAUGAUAGUUGGCACUCUAAUGGCAAUGGCCCAUGGAACCAGUCUUCCUAUUGCGAUGGCAAUUUUUGGUGAUAUGACUGAUAGCUUUGUUAAUUUUGGAAACACAAGUUCUAUAGGAAACAGUUCUGAUGUGACUCCCCCUCCAGAAAUUUUUGGCGAUCUGGAAGAAGCAAUGACAAGCUAUGCAUAUGACUAUUCUGCACUAGCAGCUGGUGUUCUUGUUGCUGCUUAUCUCCAAACUUCAUUUUGGACCCUAGCAGCAGGCCGACAAAUAAAAAAAAUUAGAGAAAAAUUUUUUCAUGCAAUUAUGAGACAGGAAAUUGGAUGGUUUGAUGUAAAUGAUGUGGGAGAGCUGAACACUCGUCUCACUGAUGAUGUCUCCAAGAUUAACGAAGGAAUAGGUGAUAAAAUUGGAUUGCUUGUCCAAUCACUAACAACAUUUGUGACAGGAUUUAUUGUUGGCCUCGUAAGAGGAUGGAAAUUAACCCUUGUAAUACUUGCAGUCAGUCCUGUCCUAGGACUUUCAGCAGCCCUCUGGGCAAAGGUUCUCUCUACAUUCACUGACAAAGAGCAAGCUGCAUAUGCAAAAGCAGGAGCUGUGGCAGAGGAAGUUCUGGGCUCAAUCCGUACUGUAAUAGCUUUUGGAGGACAAGAAAAAGAAAUUAAAAGGUAUCGUAAAAAUUUAGAAGAUGCUAAACGCAUUGGAAUAAAAAAGGCUAUUACUGCCAAUAUCUCUAUGGGUGUUGCUUUCUUACUGAUAUAUGCAUCGUAUGCACUGGCCUUCUGGUAUGGAACUACCUUGAUCUUAAAUGAUGAGUACACUAUAGGCAAGGUUCUCACUGUCUUUUUCUCUGUAUUGAUUGGAGCUUUCAGUAUGGGACAGACUGCUCCAAGCAUAGAGGCAUUUGCUAAUGCAAGAGGAGCAGCCUAUGCCGUAUUUAAUAUCAUAGACAAUGAACCUCAAAUUGAUAGUUAUUCAGAGACAGGCUACAAACCAGACCACAUUAAAGGGAACUUGGAGUUCCAAAAUGUUCACUUCAGUUACCCAUCCAGACCAGAUGUUCAGAUUCUGAAAGGCUUGAAUCUCAAGGUCAACUGUGGCCAGACAGUAGCCCUGGUUGGUGGCAGUGGCUGUGGGAAAAGUACAACUGUUCAGCUCAUCCAGAGAUUUUAUGAUCCCAAGGAAGGCACGAUUACCAUUGAUGGGCAGGAUAUUAAGACCUUGAAUGUAAGAUAUCUGCGGGAGAUUAUUGGUGUGGUGAAUCAGGAGCCCGUGCUCUUUGCUACUACCAUUGCAGAAAAUAUUCGCUAUGGCCGAGAGGAUGUCACCAUGGAAGAAAUUGAGAAAGCUACCAAGGAAGCUAACGCUUACGAUUUCAUCAUGAAGCUACCCAAGAAGUUUGAAACCGUGGUUGGAGAAAGAGGGGCACAGCUGAGCGGAGGCCAGAAGCAAAGAAUAGCAAUUGCCCGAGCUCUGGUUCGCAAUCCUAAAAUUCUUCUGCUUGAUGAGGCAACGUCAGCUUUGGAUACUGAGAGUGAAUCAGUUGUGCAGGCAGCACUUGACAAGGCAAGGGAAGGACGUACCACGAUUGUAGUAGCUCAUCGCUUGUCAACAGUCCGAAAUGCAGAUCUUAUAGCUGUGUUUGAAAGUGGAGUUAUCACAGAAGAAGGGAAUCAUUUUAAACUGAUUGAAAGAAAAGGAAUCUACUAUAAACUUGUUAACAUGCAGACAAUAGAAGCUGAAGAUACAUCAUUGGAAAAAGGUGAGAAUGCAGUCAGUGUCAAAAAAAGUGAGUCUGAACUGGAACAGGAAGAAUCCUUAAUGAAAGGUCUGAGAAGACGAUCAACUCGCGGAAGCAUGAAAAAAACAGGAGAAAAGAAUGAUGAUGCUGAUAUGAAAAAUAAUUCACCUGAUGAAGAACUACCUCCAGCUUCAUUUUUGAAAAUUAUGAGCUUGAACAAAACUGAGUGGCCAUACUUUGUUGCUGGAACUAUCUGUGCAAUUAUCAAUGGAGGUUUACAACCCGCAUUUUCAGUCAUAUUUUCAGAAAUUAUAGGGAUUUUUUCACAAACUGAGGAGACAUAUUUGAGAGAAAAGAGCAACUUAUAUUCACUGCUGUUUUUAGCACUUGGGAUCAUUUCCUUUUUUACUUUCUUUUUUCAGGGUUUCACAUUUGGCAAAGCUGGAGAAAUUCUUACAAUGAGGCUUCGAUUCAUUGCAUUUAAAGCAAUGCUUAGACAGGACAUGGCCUGGUUUGAUGAUCCUAAAAACAGCACUGGAGCAUUAACUACAAGACUUGCCAAUGAUGCCUCACAAGUGAAAGGUGCAACUGGUGUCCGAUUAGCAUUAAUUGCCCAAAACAUAGCUAACCUGGGAACUGGAAUUAUUAUAUCAUUAGUUUAUGGCUGGCAGCUGACCCUGUUACUUUUAGCGGUGGUGCCAAUCAUCGCAGUGGCAGGAAUGAUCGAAAUGAAGAUGUUGGCUGGGCAUGCUAAAAAAGAUAAAGUAGAGCUGGAAGCUGCAGGAAAGAUUGCCACAGAAGCCAUAGAAAAUAUUCGAACUGUUGUUAGUUUGACCAGAGAAAGAAAAUUUGAAUAUAUGUAUGGAGAACAUUUGCAUGUACCUUACAGAAAUUCUGUGAAGAAGGCACAUAUAUUUGGAUUUUGUUUUGCCCUUUCCCAAGCAAUGAUGUUUUUUACCUACGCUGGCUGUUUCCGGUUUGGUGCCUAUCUAGUGGUAAAUGGACACAUGGAGUUUAAGAGUGUGUUUUUAGUGUUUUCAGCUGUUGUAUUUGGUGCAAUGGCACUCGGACAAAGCAGCUCUUUUGCGCCAGACUAUGCCAAAGCCAAGAUAUCAGCAGCCCACUUGUUUGCACUAUUUGAAAGAGAACCCUUAAUAGACAGUUACAGUGAAGAAGGAGAAAAGCCUGAAACAUUUGGGGGAAACACAACGAUCAAAGAUGUGAAAUUUAACUACCCAACCCGACCAGAGGUCAAAAUCCUCCAAGGUUUGAAUCUAAAAGUAGAAAAAGGACAAACACUCGCUCUUGUUGGUAGCAGCGGAUGUGGAAAGAGCACUGUUGUUCAGCUGCUUGAGAGAUUUUAUGAUCCACUCAGUGGAGAAAUUGUGUUUGAUGACAAAAAUUCAAAGACAGUAAAUAUCCAGUGGCUUAGAUCUCACAUUGGUAUCGUCUCCCAAGAGCCAAUCCUGUUUGACUGCACUAUUGCUGAAAACAUCGCAUAUGGAGAUAAUAGUCGGGAAGUGCCACAUGAGGAAAUUGUUAGCGCAGCAAAAGAAGCCAAUAUUCAUUCUUUCAUUGACUCUCUGCCAGAUAAAUACAAUACUCGUGUAGGAGACAAGGGAACUCAGCUUUCUGGUGGUCAGAAACAACGCAUUGCUAUUGCCCGAGCUCUUGUACGUAAGCCCCAAAUUCUGCUACUGGAUGAAGCUACAUCUGCCUUGGACACAGAAAGUGAAAAGAUUGUCCAGGAAGCGCUGGAUAAAGCCAGGGAAGGUCGCACCUGCAUCGUGAUAGCUCACCGCCUGUCCACCAUCCAGAACGCUGACAAGAUUGCCGUGAUCCAGAACGGCAAGGUCGUAGAGCAAGGGACUCAUCAGCAGCUCCUGGCUGAAAAAGGCAUCUACUAUUCUCUGGUCAAUGUUCAAAGUGGGUCGUGCAACAUGUAAAUUAAAGGCAGUACUUAUCUCUGAAGUGUCACUGUAAUUAUUUCAAUACUACAUUAGUAUUACUUGCCAGUCUUGAUACUUCUUCCUCCAAAACAAAACACCUUUUAUAAAUCCUAUGAAAACAACAAAUAAUAAAUGAAUAUGUACCAGUUUCUCCUUACCAGCUUUCAUUAUGCAAACUGCUUUACUAUCUGGCCAAAGCAGAGACCUAUUACACCCAUAAAAGUAGAAGCAUGCUGAGCCAAAUUUAAUUAUUAGCUUGCUUUGAACUCUAGCUAACCUAGGUAUUCAGGCAGGUCUGGUAUACAGUAUGUAAUCAUGUUUGUACUCAUUAGAAACCAUAUUGCUACUGCUAGGAACAAGCCUUCAGCCUUAUCCUCACUGUGCCUUAUGCUGACUGUGUAGGACUCCAGUUCUGUCCUAUUAGGCUCAUUAUCAAUUUAUGAGAUCUUGAAGGUCAGCUGAAGCUUGAUGCCAGAUGUUUCUUGUUAUGAUGUGGAGCUGUAGUCUGGGAUGACUGCAAAAGUCUUGAAAAUAUGAGCACAGGUUGAAAACAAAGGUCCCAGAACUAUAAGUACCUCACUGAUGGUCAGUUACUGGUCAUUGAAGAAAUAUGACUUUAAGAGCUGGGAAAGGACUGCAUUAAAUAUAAUACAGAAAAGAAGCAGAAGAUAAGAAAUUAUAAUUACACAGCAUCAGCUCUGUGAUAUUGUAUAUUAAUUGCUAAUUUAGCAUAUGACUAUUAAGGUCUAACUGUUUUGAAUAUGUAGUAACAGCAAUUAAUAAUUAUUAAGAACUAACCAUUAGCAAUGUGUAUUGUUAAUGAAUAACUGCAGUAAAGUUUUGUUUUAAAGUUUAAAA